AUGGAGGCAAAUAAGGAAGAGGAAUCUUUGCCUGAUAUUGAAACUAACUUUGUAAUGCUCCCGUAUGAAAAACAAAUUUUUAUUGAUAUAUUUGAAAAAGAUGCUCUGUUAAUAAUUGCAAAAGGCCUUAAUUAUAACGUAAUUGUUUCUAAUAUACUAUGGGUUUUUAAAGAUCCUGCUAAUUUAGUGUUAGUUAUUAAUAGCAGCGAAUAUGAAGAAAAAUAUUUCUCCAAAAAAUUCAAUUUACCCACAAUGCCUAACACAGGUAGUGAAAGAGAAAAAAUAUACAUGGAAGGUGGUAUACAUUUUGUUUCUACAAGAAUUUUAGUUGUGGACAUGUUAAAAAACCGUGUCCCUAUCUCUCAUGUAACAGGAAUUGUUGUUUUAAGAGCUCAUACUGUGCUAGAAUCAUGUCAGGAAGCAUUUGUACUAAGAUUAUACAGACAGAAAAACAAGACUGGUUUUAUCAAAGCAUUUUCAAAUUCACCAAUAUCAUUUACAUUUGGAUAUCAUCAAGUAGAAAAAGUUAUGAGAGCACUUUUUGUAACUGAAUUAUAUUUAUGGCCAAGAUUCCAUGGUACUGUAAUAAAGAGUCUAAAGAGCAGGCAAGCAGAAGUUGUUGAGAUACAUGUUCCAUUAACAAAAUCUAUGAGUCAAAUACAAACAUGUUUGCUAGAUAUUAUGAAUUACACAGUUAAACAAUUAAAAAGCAUCAACCGAGCACUUGAUAUGCAAGAAAUCACUACUGAAAAUUGUAUUACAAAGAAAUUUCAUAAAAUUCUCCAGUCUCAAUUAGAUUGUGUUUGGCACCAACUUAGUACAAGAACCAAAGAGUACAUUCAAGAUUUAAAAGUUUUGAGGACAAUGAUAAUUAAUGUAAUUCAUGACGAUUCAGUGUCAUUCUAUGCCUUAGUAAGUAAGUAUAGGACACCUGAAUAUGCUAAAGUAAAUUCUGGAUGGAUUCUACUCGACUCUGCUGAACAGUUAUUUAAAGUGGCAAAACGAAGAGUUUUUAAUGAAAAAAAUGAAUUUGAUCCAGAACCAUCACCAAAGUGGAAAUGUUUGACUGAAUUACUAUUAGAUGAGAUACCAUCUGAAGUGAGAAAAAAAGAAAAUGGCUCUCUGAAUAAAACAAAAAUAUUAAUAUUGUGUCAAGACAAUAAAUCAUGUAGCCAACUUAAUCAGUUUCUGACUAUGGGAGAAAAUAGGUAUUUAUUCUAUACAGCAUUUAUGAGGGAGAUAACAAUAACAAACAUGGCUUCCAAAUAUAAAAAUUUAAAUAAACCCAUAUCUAAUAAACAAGAAAGCAAAAAAGAUAUAGAAAAUCCUGAUGUUAAUGAUUUGGAAAAGAAUGAGCAAAACGAAGAAGAUGCUAAUAUAGAGGAAUUAAACAGAUCAAAUUAUAUCUUAACUCUCACUCAACUGGAUAAUACAAGUGUAAAUAACAAAUUGUCUGAUGAAAACAUGUUUGAGUCCCUCUCACAGAUCGAUAACUUAGACUUAACACAGCUAGAAGUUGAAAAACCUGUCAUUUGUAUACAAACAUUCAAACAAAAUGGCAACCAUUUUUCGUUAGAACAAACCUUGGAGUCAUUGCGGCCUGAAUAUAUAAUAUUGUAUCACUGCGAUGUGUCCGCUGUUAGACAAAUAGAAGUGUUCGAAUGUAAGAAAAAGUCCGAAGAACCCAAGUGCAAUGUAUAUUUUCUUAUUCAUGAUAAAACUGUGGAAGAACAAGCAUAUCUCACAUCACUGAGGAGAGAAAAGCAAGCAUUCGAAAUGCUUAUACAAACAAAAAGUGUGAUGGUGGUGCCCUCUUAUCAAGAUGGCAAAACUGAUGAGUAUUUUAAUAUGAAUAUUGAAGAAGAGGACACUUCAACAGAUACAAGGAAAGCAGGAGGACAAGUACGUGUCCAGGAGAAACCAAUGGUUAUUGUCGACAUGAGAGAGUUUCGCUCCGACCUACCCGCCCUGUUGCACAGAAAGGGCAUCAACAUAGAGCCUGUCACUAUCACCAUUGGAGAUUACAUUCUCACGCCGGACAUAUGCGUGGAGAGGAAAUCCAUAUCGGACCUGAUCGGGUCUCUCAACUCCGGGCGGCUCUACGCGCAGUGCACGCACAUGUGCAGGAACUACAGCCGGCCUAUACUCCUCAUCGAGUUCGACCAGAACAAACCCUUCAAUUUGCAGGGAAAUUUUGUAGUGUCCACCGACAUUUCAAGCGCCAACGUUCAACAGAAAUUGCAACUCUUAACCAUUCACUUUCCGAGAUUGAAACUGGUCUGGUCGCCGAGCCCGUACGCCACAGCGGAACUUUUCUACGAGCUCAAACAAGGCCGCAAGAACCCAAACAUUCAAGAAGCAAUAGCCUUGAGUAAUGAAAACACUGCCGAGGAUAUGAACUACGAAAGAUGUAACAUUCUGGUUCACGAUUUUGUACAAAAACUACCAGGAGUCACAUCCAAAAAUAUCACUAGGAUUAUGAAUAGAGGAAUUUCUCUGGAUAAUUUGAUUACUCUCAGUCAGGAGCAACUUUUGGAGAUUAUUGAAAACAAGAAUGAGGCAGAAACAUUAUAUUCCAUACUACAUGUGAAGGCCGAACCCUCUCACUCUGAGAAGUCGAACACAUUUGUCAAAAAAAAGUUCACUGGAAACCUGUUCAGGAAUAUGAAA